CUGAAAGUUUCAGAGUAUAGAGUUAUCUGGAAUGGAGAUUUGCCGGCUGCCAAGUCAACCGGCCGUUAUUCAUCUCCGGCAGGGUCAAACAGCCGGAAUAUACUCUAUUAAAACGCCACAGUUUCCCCCCUAUAUUAAAUGCAGUCUAGGUGACGAAUCGAGCACUAAAAACCCGGAUUCGAAAAAUCGAAUGUUCAUUCUGGGAAUGGGUUUCGUAGGAAAAUUCUUGGCUGCAGAUUUGAAAAGCAAUGGAUGGGAAGUUACAGGAACUUGUACUAGUACUUCCGGGAAAACGAAAUUAGAGGAAAUGGGGUUCCAUGCUCACAUAUUUGACGCCAAUGAACCACAACAGGAUGUCCUCGAUAUCUUGAAAUUCCACUCACAUCUUCUUAUCUCCGCCCCCCCAGUUUUGGGUGUUGGUGAUCCGAUGCUUCGGCAUAAAGAAUUGCUAAAAGAAAGACUAAAGGAUGGUAACCUCCAGUGGCUUGGUUACUUGUCAUCAACAGGUGUUUAUGGAGACUCUGGUGGUGCAUUGGUUGAUGAAGAGUUUCCACCAAACCCGACAACUGAAUUGGCAAAAGCAAGGAUAGCAGCGGAGGAAGGAUGGUUACAUCUGGCUUGUGAUGGAAGGGUCACUGCCCAAAUAUUUAGAUUGGGUGGCAUAUAUGGUCCUGGUAGAAGUGCUGUUGACACUAUUCUCAAGCAAGAGCCUCUGUCUAAAGGUCAGAAGAUGAGAUUUUCCAGGCAUUAUACAUCCCGUAUUCACGUUGCUGACAUCUGCCAGGCUCUUAAGGCCAGCAUACAGAGGCCAUCUCCUGGGAAGAUAUACAAUGUAGUUGAUGACGAUCCUGCUCCUAGAGAGCAGGUAUUUAAGUUUGCUAGGAACUUGAUUGAGGAGAAAUGGCCGGGUCACAUAAGCCCCAACAACUCUGCUGAAGAGGCAAAGUCUUUAAUUCCGCAGGGCGUUUCAAGGGGAGAGAAGCGAGUCUCCAAUAAACGCAUUAAAACGGAACUAGGAGUGAGGCUGCUUUACCCUACAUAUGAAUCUGGACUGCGGAGCAUUAUUGAACGCAUAGAAAAUCCAUUUCGCGGAAGGUGAUUACAUCCCCGUGUGCAAUUGCUCCAUCUUUAGACUGGAAUGGAAGGUUUCCAGUGUAUGUGG